UACGCCCCAAAGCAGGCGGAGUACAUGCGCAACAUGUACACCAAAAUUCUCCAUCAAGACCCUGACCUUGUACCGGCUUUAAAGCACAUCACCUGGCCCGCCAUGUCCUUCAACUACGGCGGUAACGUGGUCACCAACAAGCACGUCGACUGCAUGAAUCUCCCGCAGGGAUGGUGUGCCAUCUGGGCUGGGGGGGAUUACGACCCCACCCAAGGUGGUCAUCUCAUUCUCUGGGAACUUGGGCUAGUGAUUGAGUUCCCCCCCAGCUCAGUGAUUUUAAUCCCUUCGAGCAUUGUUCCCCAUGGCAACAUAGCGAUCCAGCCCAACGAGACCAGGGUCUCCAUGACACACUUCUGCCCAGGGGGGCUGGCUCGCUGGGUUCAUGCCGAUUUUCGUCCUAUGAAGAGCCUGUCACAGGCUGAGCGACAGGAAGUGCAUGGAGGUGAAGGUAACGAGAGAUGGUCCAGCAUGGUCUCUUUAUUUUCAACUAUGGACACCCUUAUCUCAGAUCGUGAAGCCUUGAAAAAGCAAUGA